GUUUACAUCAAGUGAGUCGAUAUAUUACUCAUCGUGACGUCCGAGGUCUUUCAACAAGGAAACUUAGUGCUAGCAAGACGUGUUAUAUACAAAAAACGACAAAAUGAGAGAAAUUGUACAUCUUCAAGCCGGACAAUGUGGAAAUCAAAUCGGUGCUAAGUUCUGGGAAGUAAUCUCAGACGAGCAUGGAAUUGACCCCACCGGUACCUACCACGGGGACUCUGACCUUCAACUUGAAAGAAUCAACGUGUACUAUAACGAGGCUAGCGGUGGUAAAUAUGUUCCACGUGCAGUGCUGGUUGAUCUCGAACCUGGGACCAUGGACGCCGUGAGAUCCGGACCUUUUGGUCAGAUCUUUAGACCAGACAACUUUGUCUUCGGGCAGAGCGGGGCUGGUAACAACUGGGCCAAAGGUCACUACACAGAGGGAGCUGAGCUCGUGGACUCCGUAAUGGAUGUUGUUCGUAAAGAGUCAGAAAACUGUGAUUGCCUUCAGGGAUUCCAACUCACACACUCCCUUGGCGGUGGUACUGGGUCUGGCAUGGGAACUUUACUCGUCAGCAAAAUCCGUGAGGAGUAUCCCGACAGAAUCAUGAACACUUUCUCAGUUGUUCCAUCACCUAAGGUAUCAGACACCGUCGUUGAGCCAUACAACGCUACCUUGUCAGUCCAUCAACUGGUCGAGAACACAGACGAGACCUUCUGUAUCGACAACGAGGCACUAUAUGACAUUUGCUUCAGGACCCUGAAACUGACCACGCCUACAUAUGGAGAUUUGAACCAUCUCGUGUCCGUCACAAUGUCCGGUGUUACCACGUGUCUCCGUUUCCCGGGUCAGUUGAACGCCGAUCUCCGUAAAUUGGCAGUCAACAUGGUACCCUUCCCACGUCUCCACUUCUUUAUGCCAGGUUUCGCACCUCUCACUUCUCGUGGUAGCCAGCAGUACAGGGCUCUCACUGUCCCUGAGCUUACACAACAGAUGUUCGACUCCAAAAACAUGAUGGCUGCUUGCGAUCCGCGUCACGGACGUUACCUCACAGUAGCCGCAAUUUUCAGAGGACGUAUGUCCAUGAAGGAGGUCGAUGAACAGAUGUUGAACAUCCAGAACAAGAACAGCAGCUACUUUGUCGAAUGGAUCCCCAACAACGUAAAGACCGCCGUCUGCGAUAUCCCGCCACGUGGUCUGAAGAUGUCCGCCACUUUCAUCGGUAACAACACCGCCAUCCAGGAACUGUUCAAGCGUAUCUCCGAACAGUUCACGGCUAUGUUCCGUCGUAAGGCUUUCUUGCAUUGGUACACUGGCGAGGGUAUGGACGAGAUGGAGUUCACCGAGGCCGAGUCAAACAUGAACGACUUGAUAUCAGAGUACCAGCAGUACCAGGACGCCACCGUCGAGGAGGAGGGCGAAUUUGACGAGGAAGAGGGGGAGGAGGAUGAAGCAUAAACCGUUUGACAUUAACAAACAAUAAAAAGAGGCAAAAAAUUAGACUGAGUCUAUAUAUGUCCAAGCGCCAAAUUAGAGAAAAUAAGAAUAUACUCUAGUAAUUGUGCCUCGUAUUGAGAAUAAUUUGACCUGUUGAUAUAGACAUUCUUUCUCGACUAAUCAAUGUCGUUUGUUCAUUGUAAGGUACUAAAAAUUUCAAGUGCAAUAUUUCAGUCAAAUCUUUUUCUCAUUUCUUACUGUCAUUCAUACAUUGAUUGUCCAAUGGUGGCAUCUCGAUACUCAUUAAAGGGAAGAAACAAUGAA